AGUUAUAUUGCGCCUUGACGGCGCUUCCUUUGGGCACCGAACCACAGACGGCCUGUCACACUUUAGGUAUGCAGCCCGUGCUCGUGUUAUCGUUCAGGUUAUGGUUGUGUGACCCUAGAAAAUUAGCUUAAUUCCAUGGAUGCCGAUGGAGGGUGAGCCAAGCGGCCUUGUCAGAAUCACCCACCUUUUUCUCCUCUCUACAGCCUGGGGAAUGCAGAUAUGGGUAACCUUUAUUGCAGGGUUUGUUCUUUUCCGAGCUGUGAGCCGACACACCUUUGGCCUGGUACAGGGCAAAUUGUUUCCCUUCUAUUUCUAUACCUUGCUUGGCUGCACGUUCAUUAAUCUUGCCAUAUUUGCUACAUACCAUCCACGGGAACUUCUCAGCACCAGAGAAACUGUUCAGAUCACACUCUUUUUUAUUUGCCUCAUCUUGGUUGCUGCUAAUGCCUCCUGGUUCUCCCAAGUCACCACCAAGACCAUGCUUAGGAUGCAAGAGAUUGAAAAGGAACAUGGGCUCGGAGAGCAAGUGGGGGUUUCGGGUCAGCGAGAGGCUUACCAGCUUCUGAAGGAGAAGGAUAGCAAAUACCGGAAUCUCCGCCAGAAGUUCUUCAAGUUUCAUGGCCUGUCUUCUCUCUGCAAUCUGGCUUGUGUUAUCUGCACUGGGGUGAACUUGGCAUUCAUUGCCCUGCAACUGGAGAGCCUGUAGAAUACCCACUGCUCUUGCUGGUUCUCAUGCCUUCUCCUAAAACGCUGAUUUAGUGCAGAAGCUGUUCAGUUUGGUGCAGGAAGAGUUUGGGAAUGGUCAGAAAUCAAUACUUUGGAGUGCCCAUCACACAACCAGAUACAUAAUGUCCUCCGGAAGUAUAAAUUGGAUUGUCUGAUAACCGGGAAGGGAUGAUAUAUUAAAUCCAGAGCAAACUAUCUGUGAAAAUAAAUACCAUUUCUGUUUUAAAA